CCGGGACCUCCAAAAAAGCCCAGCGGACUCGCAAAGCGUCGCCAUACGACGCCGCCGCGGCUUCCCAGACGGGCGCUGCGAGCUCAAAAGCUCGAGAACUCGCCCGCUGACGGUUCACCCGCAGCGCGCGGCGCCCCGCGGCCUCUGAACAAGGUGCUCCGCCAAAAUGGCCGCAGCAGUACAACAAGCGCCCUACCUCGGCCCGUCGUCGUCCACGAACGAGUGGAUCGAGACCCAGGCCGAAGACGAGCGCUUCCUGCCGACGUUUCAAGAUGACGCUUCGUUAAUAACUGAAGGCUUGUGGCUCGGCAGCGAAGCCAAUGUCCGAGACCUCGCCUGGGUCAAGGUCGAAAAAAUUCAGAGAAUUGUCACGAUCAUGCCCUAUGAAGUGGAUCCCACUGAUGGAGGCAACGUCUCGGAAAGCCUGAAAGACUGGUUCCGGGGAAACGUGCAAGUGCUCUUCCUCGACGCGCGCGACACGCCGACGCAACUCGUCUGAUUUAUCGUCCUUCCUUGUACCAAUGUGGCUCACCGCUUCGCUUGCCGCAACUAGGUCUUUGAGCAUCUGAGGAGAGGUGUGGACUUUGUGCUUCAAGGCUUGAAGAAGGGAGAAAAUGUCAUUGUUCAUUGUGGAAGAGGUAUUUCCCGAAGUGCGACGGUGGUCAUCGCCGCACUCAUGGUCAAGGACGGGUUGUCGUACAGAGACGCGCGCGUUUAUGUGUUUUUUUUAUGUUUAUGUUAUGUGUACUCACUGUGCCAUGCGACUACAGAUUUUCUCUGGUUGCUGCUAAACGAGCUUGUAUUUAUCCCAACGUCGGGUUUCAAUUGCAGCUAUGUUUGUUUGAAAAAUUGGGCAAAGACUUUGACGAGGUAUUAUACUCAUAUGUAUAUUGUGUAACAUGUCUAUAUAGGUCGACGCCGUCGUGGCCAAGGGCGCCUUCCACGUCGAAUCGGAGCUCGCCGUGUCCAUCAGGAAAACGUUAGACAACGCCGAGGAGCGCAUGGACUCGAUGUUCGACGACGACAGUCUGUGCGAGGAGGCGGCGCGGUGGGAGGACUUCGGCUACUUCAUCCAGAACUGCCGCGAGUACCUCGGUCAUGUCGAUAUUGGGUUGCCCUUGGCGCUGUUGGACCGGGCGGACGACUGCGCGCGGAAGCUGGGCAACCUCGACAAGGUCUUCGAGGGGGCCGGCGUGGCGACGGCGGGGCGCGUCGGCCGCGUGCUCGGCGCGUGGCACGGCCUCCAGAGCGCCAUGGCCGCGGCCGAGACCGCGGUGCCGCGGACGGACGCGAGCUACGUGUCGGCGCUCGACCGCGACCUCGGAGGGGCCUCGUCGGCGAAGCGGCGGAAGACGAAGUAACUUGUUUUAUGAAUCUA